AUGCCGUCGCUAGAAGAUGCUCUAGACGUGAAGGGGUCAGGGAAAGCCCGGGACAGGGAAGCGGGCGGAGCCUUCGGGACAGCAGGAGGGAAAGCCCGUCCAGGAAAGAGGCUUUGCCCAGACCCUGCCCGGGAGCGGCCUGCGUUCUCCUGCCCAGGUGCCCGGGCAGCCGCCUGCGCUUCGUUACGGAGGCGGCGGGGUGGUCACAGGGCGUCUCCCCCAGAGUCUCCCCCAGAGCGUAAGUAUCCAGGGAAGCAGCUCCGGGAUCUCCGGGAGGACGGCCCCUCGUCCUGGGAGGAGCAGCGGCACGGCCCCGGUCCCGCCCCCGCCCCCGUGGAGGCAGAGUCCCCUGUGUGUACCGGCCACGCGGUUUUGGAGACGAGGAGCCACGCGUCCGCCCGUCACCGGCCGCCGCCUCCAAGGCAGGCGUGGGUGCUAGGAAGAGCCGAGGAGGAGGACUGCCGGCCGCCCCCAGGCGUCUUCCCGGGCGGGGCCGCGGUCCCUGCUUCCCACGCGGCCCAAGAGCGAACACCCCGGCUCUGCCUGAUCCUGCUGAAUUUCAGCCUCGACUGUCCAGACUCUUUCCAGCAAGGUACGUCCCUGCUCCGGUGGAGUCCUGACCUGUGUGAGCAUCGCCGCGGCAGCACACGCUGGGUCGCACUGGGCUGGAAGGUCACACCUGUGAGCACAGUUUGUUCUGGGUCACGGAUCGGCAUGGCCAGCCGUGUGCUGAUACCGUGGCCUUCCAGUCCCUCCGCGGCGCUGUAAUCAUUAACUGAGAGGUCGCAGUGGGUGGUAACUCGCCAGGACGGACUUUCCUUCAUCGCAGGGUUGAGUGGCUCGGCCUCCCUGAGCUCUAAGCCCCUUGGCGCUGUAGCGCAGGGACCCCGUGGCUGUGGCGGGUCACCUGUGCGGAAGACGACAGCGUUCCCUGGAGCCAUCAGUUUUCAGAAACAAAAGACCUGACAGCCCCGUCUCGUGCGCCCUGGUGGAAGGUGGGUCGCAGCUCCACGUGAGCCCGUCCCGGGAACAGAGCCUGUGGUUGCAGCUCAAACUGCCCUCCACCUGGUUCCCAGGGCGGAAGAGGAGCUGUGCUCGCGGGCCAGUGCUGCCCUCUGCUGGCCCUCCGGCGCCAGUGCUGCGGCAGCAGCAGGCUGCAAAACCCACUUGGAAAACAGGAACUCCCCCCUACCUUCUGCGCAGGCUGCUUUCAUGCCCGUCUUCUGCGGUUGGAGCUGUAGGUGAUGCCAUGUUUCAUGUCACCGUCAUCUUGCCGAUCAAACCUUGGGUGCCUGUGCAAUGCGCAGCCUCGUCUCGGCCGAGGUCGUCCUCAGCUGCGGCCGCCCCAGCGCGGAGCACGCCAGCACCGGAGGCCUGAGCCCUGCACGCACAGGGACUUGCCCAACGCGUGUCUUAAGCAGGGAAGAGAAGGUGCUGCUUGUUUGUCAUUUUUUUUUAAUCCCUGUCUUUAUGACGCCGGUACAGUAACCGGAGGAAAAGCUGACUUUUAUUUCCUCUGUGGCUCGGCUGAUUUCCUAAGGGCUCACCUGUCAUUUCCGUUCCCGGUGCCGGCCUCCUAGCAAAGGCCCCCGAGGUCCCUGUGCUGGAGAUGCCUGCCCGUGGGUUGCCUGCCUUCACACCCCUGCCUGGUAGAGGCUUGUGCUCCUAAGUCAACCUCAAGGGAGCUGGGUUUUAUUUUGUCCCAGGAGAUGUUUUUUCAAAUGGCCAUCGUGUUUGGUCUCUGUUCCUUUUCUCUUAAACGCUCAGCUCCCAACUUAGCAUCAGAAGAGGGCACAGCACGGACUGCCGCCUGGCGUGGUGAGGGGGACAGGCAGGACUCUGGCCAUGUAGCCACCACUUACCGACUGUUUACAUUGUGCCGUUUCUAGUUCAAGCUGCUUCCGUUAAUUUUCACACCGACGCUGUGCGAUAGGUACCGUGAUUACCCCGAUUUCACAGACGAGGAGACUGAGACGCCGAGAGCUAGAGGAACGUGCCCAAGGUUGUACAGGGUUGACCAGGAGUCUGCCUGGACCGCCUCGCCACCUGGCGGCGUAGAAACGGGAAGCAGCAGGCCAGCCCGCUGGGCUGUCUUGGAGACAGCAUUGCAGCCUUGUCCUGGUCGCGUGGGUGUUCUUGACCACUGGAUAUGCUCUUGAUUGGAGCCUCCUUGAGAUGAGUAGGGAAACAAGGCCUUGGAGAAGGGGUGACUUGCUUAAGGUCACACUGCAGGUCAGAAGUGUGGCUGAGGGUCCUCUCAGGGCCAGCAGCACCCUCCUAGCUCCCAGGUUCUCCUUCCUCCUGUGCUGACCAGGACCAGAGCUGGAGUGACGGUUUGCUCAUGUGCUCACGGCGAGACCCUGAAACUCGAGCCAGGGUGUGCUCGGAGUUCCAUGUGGCCACGUGCAGGUUGCCUGUUAGUCUCUUUAAAGCACCGAGCGGCAGGUAUGACGGCUCCGGGCCUGGGCUCGGAGUCAGGCCAGUGGGGGUUUGCAUGCUGGCCAUGCCUUUCACGGCUUUUGUGGCAACGGCAAGAACAGUGAUUUCCCUUCCGUGUUAACUUGGUAGCCAGUCUCCUCGUGCAGAUCAGCCUCUUGCUUUAGAAGCUGAUGUGGAAACGGGCCCCGGCUCAGGAUCUCUGUUCAGCGUGUUCUGUUUAUAUCACUUCAUGGUCACUUACCAACUGGGUACCUCAGUUUCCCCCCAAGAGCUUAAAAGCCGCAGGGAAGUGUAGGCAGUGGUCCCUCUGUUAUGCCUGUUGGACGGGGCUCACGGGAAGGGACACUGAUGCAAAAGGAUGCUCCCACCUUCGCUCCUCCCUCUAUGGAUCGUUCAGAGCAUGUUUGCAGGAUGAGACGGGCAACGUGCCAUGUCCGCUGUGUCUAAGGGAGCGCAGCAGUGUGGUUGUGUGUAUAGGUGGGUGUGCGUGUGUGUGCGCGCACACAUAUGGGCGUGACAUACAUUCAGUGUAUGAGAUAUGAAGGAUAUUACCAGAUAUAAGUAAAAGAAAGCCAUCCUUUUGGAAAAUUUUUUCCUCAUAACUGAAGUGUCUGUCAUUUGGAAAAAACUAAGUGGCGAAAAGCCGCGACUAGUCAUUUAUAAAAAAUAAGCAGACCUUUUCGUUGUGGGUUUUAGAUUUCUUAACAGAUGCGAACACUCUGGCUCCAUCUUGCAGACUUGGUCACUGAUAUUAUGAUACAGUAGCCCACGCGGUGGACUACGAAAUUAACCACGGAAUCGGUGACCUAGUUACUUGAGAGUUCCAGUGUCCCUCUGGCCCGGCCCUGUUUCAGGUUUAAAGGCUUCCCUUUACUGUGAAAGGGUAACCACUGCCACUGCAUACCUGUGUGCGCUUCCGUGCGGCCGCUGAGCCGCUGCGUCUUCGAUGACGUGACUGGCACACCUCUCUGCGGCCCCGAGUCCUGUCCCCUUGUUCCAGAGAUGAAAAGCUGGCCGGGCAGCGGCAGGCCUGCAAAGCGGGUGCUGUUCCAUCAUGAAGGGCGAGUUUGUGUUGCCCCCCGCACCCCCCCCCCCCGGCUUACCAGCAUCCUCUGAACCCACCUGAAAUCAGCCACAGGCACCGGUAAUGGGAUGUUCUUCCCACACUCAGAGCUGGAGUGCAAGUGAGGGUGAGGUGAGGAAAGGCAAAAGGAGGAACUAAGUUCGGUUAAUUUAUUUAAACCUGGAGCCCACUUUCACGGGUGACGCUGUCAUGAUUAAACAAACACUGGGCAGGGGGGUGUUUUGGCUGAAAGAGACCAAAGAGCCUGAGUGCAUCAACCCUGAUGGGAUCUCGGUUUGCAAACAAACAAAAAACUAUAAAGUAUAUGUUUUUGAGAAAGGGCCUCGCUUUGCAGGACGGCCUCAUUUUGUAGACAUCCUUAGAAGGUAGGCGUCUCCGAGGGUCAGGAUGGUUGUCAAUUUUCUUUCAAACGAUUCAGCCAAACACAAACCUACCUUACAUAUAGAUGACACAGCUAAAGCAAAACUGGCAGACAUGAACCACGGUUGAACUUGGGUGGUAUGAGUGUAAGAUUUCAUUCCAUCAUCACUCAAAUGUGAGGUAUACCUAGGACGGUUCAUAGUUUAAAAAGGAAGGCACCUGCCUUUGGCAGGGCGGCCUGGCAGUCGGUAACUUCUUGGAUCCCUAGAACGUUAAAGGGAAUGGCAGUAGGCUGCCUAGUAAGAUGCUGUUGAGAACUGCAUGGGAAGCGGGGAAAUCGUAGCAAGACUGAUUGUCAAGGAGAAUGAGAGUACGAAGCCUUACCUUUGCGGGGGUG